AUGUAACUCUCCAGGAAUGAGGUUAAAAGUAAAUUCGUUAGUGUUGAUGUUGUUUUUUUUCAUUGCAAAAAAAGUAGCUGUUCUUUGUAAAUAAUAACCUUAUAUAUAUUGGUGACAUUGCCACUGUUUAACAAUGUUUCACAAAGGUGGUGAUGGAAAACCCAAGGGCUUUGGAUUUGAAGGGUUUGCCCUAAACAAAAAGCCAGAUGAUCCUGAGUUGAAAACGCCAUCAGGGUUUGCUGGGGUUCCAGGUAUGGCAGGGAAUGCUGCCUCUUUGUUCCCCGGGCGAGUUUCAUAUGGCCACGCCUACUCGAACAGCAUCGGGAAGAGAAGAGUGAGGAGCGAAGAAGAGUAUUUUGAUGAUGAUGAUGAUGAAAAUGCUAGUAUUGAGUACCUACCCGCCCCUGGAAGUCCCGGAACAGACAAACCUAAAGAACCGGAGGAUGACAGUGAAGAUGAACUGGAUGCUUUUAUGAACAACUUACAGAAAGAAAUUAAAGGAGAUCAAACUACUGAAGAGGAGAAACCUGAUGGUGCAAAGGAUAAGAAAGAAAAAGGGUCUCGUAAUGAUAUAGAUGAGGAGGAUGUACAGGAAUCGUAUUUCCGCUACAUGGAAGAAAACCCCAUGGCUGGCGUAGUGCUAGAUGAAGAUGACGAUGUUGAUUACGACAGUGACGGAAACCCCAUAAUGAAAGAUAAAAAGAUUAUUGAACCUCUUCCCCCUAUAGACCACUCAGAUAUCGACUAUGACCCAUUUGUACGGAAUUUUUAUAAUGAGCACAGUGAAGUGACACAGCUAACAAACGAUCAAGUGGAUGACCUGCGACGCACACUGGGAAUCAGGGUGUCUGGGGUAGACCCACCGAAGCCAGUGAGCAGUUUUGGACAUUUUGGUUUUGAUGAAGCUUUAAUAGGUGCAAUCAGGAAAUCCGAAUACACACAGCCUACACCCAUCCAAGCUCAGGCUGUUCCAAUUGGUUUGUCUGGACGAGAUAUUAUUGGUAUUGCUAAAACUGGCAGCGGAAAAACAGCAGCAUUUAUUUGGCCACUUCUAGUACAUAUAAUGGAUCAGAAAGAACUUAAGCCAGGUGAUGGACCAAUUGGGUUGAUACUAGCACCAACACGAGAGCUGUCACAACAGAUUUAUUCGGAAACUAAAAAGUUUGGCAAGGUGUACAACAUCCGUGUGGUAUGUGCGUAUGGCGGGGGCAGCAUGUGGGAGCAGACGAAGGCGUGUCAAGAGGGAGCCGAGAUCAUCGUGGCCACUCCAGGUCGAUUGAUAGACUUGGUUAAAAAGAAAGCCACGAAUCUUCAACGAGUUACCUACGUGGUUUUUGAUGAAGCUGAUCGAAUGUUCGACAUGGGUUUUGAGCCACAAGUGAGAUCAAUUGCUGAUCAUGUGCGGCCGACAAGACAAACCAUGUUGUUCAGUGCUACGUUCAGAAAACGAGUGGAGAAACUGGCACGUGACAUUUUAGCGGAUCCCAUUCGAGUCGUGCAGGGGGAAGUUGGGGAGGCUAAUGAGGAUGUGAAACAGUAUGUUGAGAUUUUGCCGCCAGGUCCCGCCAAAUGGACGUGGUUAGUUAAGAGACUUGUACAGUUUACAUCAAUUGGCAGUGUGCUGAUUUUUGUAACAAGAAAGUUAAACAGUGAAGAACUUGCAGCGAAUCUGAGGGCGAGGGAUUUUGAAGUUGGUCUGUUACAUGGAGAUAUGGACCAGAACGAGAGGAAUAAUGUCAUAACAGCCUUCAAGAAGAAAGAGAUGCCCAUACUGGUGGCUACAGACGUGGCAGCAAGAGGUCUCGACAUCCCCCACAUCCACACGGUGGUCAACUACGAUGUUGCGCGAGACAUCGACACACACACGCACAGAGUGGGAAGAACGGGAAGAGCAGGACAGACUGGCUAUGCCUACACAUUGAUAACAGAGAAGGACAAGGAGUUCGCACCACAUUUAGUACGCAAUCUGGAAGGAGCCAAUCAGCACGUCCCUAAUGCUCUUAUGGAGUUAGCCAAUCAGUGUAGUUGGUUUAACAAUACCAGAUUCAAGAAGGGCAGAGGAAAACAAAUAGCAAUUGGCGGUAAAGGACUUGGUGUGAAGGAGAGGCCUGGUUUGGGUUCGGAAAAUAGCACGCGGUUACAAGAGUCGACGAGCUACAGUAGUUUCCGACCUGCGAUCGGAUUAAGCACACACAGUGAACGUAUGCAUAACAUGAGGCAGGCGUUUUCCGCCCAGUUCAAGUCAAACUUUGUGGCUUCCAAAGAAGAGGGACCUGUUAAAAAAGUGGGUGUGGAGUUACCGCAGUCAGAAUCGAAACGGAGAAAGAGAAGUAGAUGGAACUGAAUAGCGAGAAAUGUUUUAAUAUAUUACUGUGACGUUAGUACGUUAUCGACAGUCUGUUGGUUAGUUCACUGGGAUCAGCAUUGUGGACGAGUCGGUGUGAAUAAGAUGUCAGAACAUAGAUCUACUGGAAUGAAAAAACGGCUCAGCCUGACUAAUUGUUAAAUUAGCCAAUUCCUACAUUUUAUGCAAAGUGACUACAACCUUUAGUACUUUGACUGCUAAAAAGUUUUUGAAUUAGUCACUUUUCAAUAAUAAAAAAACAAAUUCUAUAUAUCUGAAAAUUGGCUAAAGCAAAAUUCUUUUCAUUGUGACCCGUGUGAAAGUCAGUUGUUCAUCAAUGAUGCUGUUUCAAGGAACUGUGUUGUGCUGAAUGCCUGUUUUAACGUGGUUUAAACAUGUUCCGAUAAGCAUCAUCUUGGACUUGGCAAACUUAAUCGUACAUUGGUGAACAUUUACAGAAUGAUGGCCUCGUGUGUUAUUUUUAUUUGUAGACUUUGCCACCGAUGGAAAGUGAGAAAGACCUGGCAGAUGCAAUAGAUAUCUUGUGUAUUGUUAUCUUCAAUUCAUGAUAUACGUUUGUUGUUUGGAUAAAAACAAAGACUGAU